UGAUCCACAUUAUACUUCCUUUUCUUUAUAUGCUAGAGAAAGAGAAUGCGCAAAAUGGGAGUGGGAUGCGCCUGAUUUAGAUCCGCGGCGCCAUGGGGGAGAGGAAAGUCGUGAACAAGUAUUAUUCGGCUGAUUUCGAUCCGGCCAAGAUAAGGCGCCACCGCCGGCCAAAGAACCAGGAGAAGGUUCGAAUGAUGCUUCCGAUGAGUGUCAGAUGCAAUACCUGCGGGAAUUAUAUGUACCAAGGCACGAAAUUCAACUGCCGCAUCGAACAAGCCGCCGCCGGCAAGUAUUUGGGUACUAUCAAAACAUUCAGAUUCUGCUCCAAGUGCACGAAUUGCUCCGCAGAGUUCACCUACAUAACCGAUCCAAGAAACUCCGAUUAUGCUGCUGAAUCCGGCACGACGAGGAAUUUUGAACCAUGGCGUGAACGCAAUGAGAACAUGGAGAAAGAUGUGUAGUCAUUGGAGAAUCGGAUGUCGGAUUCAAAAAGAGAAAUGGACAUUGUUGCUACUUUGGAUGAACUGAAAUCAUUCAAGUCAAGGCAAGAAAGGGUUAGUUCGGAAGCAAUGCUUGAGGCUCUUAGACACACUGUUGAGGAGGAAAAGGAGAGGAGGGGAAUGCAGGAGGAAGAAAGGAAUGCUCUUAUUAAACCUUUGUUCAAAGAGAAGCGAGAGAAAUUUGUAAGAAGAAUGCGUGAAGUUACUGACGAAGAUUUGGGUAUACCACGAAAGAGCAAAGAAGAAUCAUCAAUCAAUCUUCUUACGAGGAGAAAGCAAGCAGUAGUAGUAGCAAGGAGAGGGGAAGUUAAAGUUGUUGUAGUCAAGAAGAAACCUUUGCCUCCUUC